UUCUGCGAUCGUCUACGCUACAGCGACAGCAGACAGCACAGUCAUUCAUUCAUUUCGUUCGUUCGUUCGUGUUUCGCCGUGCAGCCAAUGCGUGAAAAAGAGAUAGAACACGCUUGUUAUCUACAUUUCGCAAGUGAAAAUUUAUACCAAAAAAGGAAAAGUAUUCGUGUUUCGUGUUGAAUCUGCUAACGAAUAUCGUACAGACCGAGUGCAGACUUUUUUGUGUGUGUUGUUACAGCUAGAAUAGCAGAAGCACAGUGUGACGCUGGUGGUGACCGUCUGUCGUUUGUUUCGUCAAAUCAGCGAUUAGCGGUUGUUUUUUACCGAGAAUUUAUAUCCGCUAGUUCGUCUGGAAUAAGUUUUAAGUUAAUCUGAUUGGCAUCUGGUCGGCGAAAACAAUGGCCUACUCGAAUAAAUUCAUCUAUGCCACGCUUCCGCGCACGCAGCGCGGUCAACCGAUCGUAUUGGGCAGUGAUCCGAAGGGGAAAAACUUCCUCUACACCAAUGGAAACUCGGUGAUCAUUCGCAACAUCGACAACCCGGAAAUGGCGGACAUCUACACGGAACACUCGUGUCAGGUGAAUGUGGCCAAGUAUUCACCGAGUGGGUUCUACAUUGCUUCCGGUGACCAGUCUGGCAAGAUUCGUAUCUGGGACACGGUUAACAAGGAACACCUGCUGAAGAAUGAGUUCCAGCCAAUCGGAGGUCCAAUCAAAGAUAUCAGCUGGUCUCCAGAUAGUCAGCGGAUUGUGAUCGUUGGCGAGGGACGCGAGCGAUUCGGGCAUGUGUUUAUGGCUGAAACUGGAACUUCGGUAGGUGAGAUUUCGGGUCAAUCGAAACCGAUCAAUUCGUGUGAUUUUCGACCUGCCAGACCGUUCCGAAUCGUUACCGGUAGCGAGGACAAUACGAUCGGUGUUUUUGAAGGACCUCCAUUCAAGUUCAAAAUGACCAAGCAGGAUCACACACGUUUCGUACAGGCGGUUCGCUAUUCGCCAAGUGGUCAUUUGUUUGCCUCGGCUGGAUUCGAUGGCAAAGUUUUUCUGUACGACGGAACAACCUCAGAGCUGAAGGGUGAGAUAGGAUCACCGGCGCAUGGAGGCGGAGUCUAUGGUGUUGCCUGGAAACCCGAUGGCACCCAGUUGCUCACGUGUUCCGGUGACAAAACCUGCAAAUUGUGGGACGUUGAGUCACGCACCUUGAUCAGUGAGUUUCCCAUGGGAACGACGAUCGAUGACCAGCAGGUGUCUUGCCUGUGGCAAGGAGAUCACGUCCUGUCGGUUUCGUUGUCCGGUUUUAUCAACUACCUCGAUGUAAAUAAUCCCACCAAACCUUUGCGCAUUGUCAAGGGUCACAAUAAACCGAUCACGGUGCUCACGUUGAGUGAGGAUCGCAGCACUAUCUACACCGGAAGUCACGACGGUGCCGUUACCAACUGGAACUCCGGUUCCGGUACGAAUGACCGCGUUGCCGGUGCUGGCCAUGGCAACCAAAUCAAUGCUAUCUGUGCUGCCGGAGAUUUUGUGUAUACGGCCGGGAUCGAUGAUUCGAUCAAGCAGAUCGCGAUUGAAGGUAAUCAGUACAGUUCGGUGGAAUCGAAGUUGAGCUGUCAGCCACGAGGUAUGGACCUUCUGAAAGAGGGUAACAUUAUUGUGGUCGGCUGUGUGAAGGACGUUACCGUACUGCAGGACAAUCGGAAGGUUUCCUCGGUACCGAUUAACUACGAAUCGAGCAGUGUUAGCAUUAAUUCGGAAACGCUGGAUGUUGCCGUGGGUGGAAACGACAGUAAGGUGCACAUUUUUAGUCUGCAAGGGACGCAGCUUAGCCCCAAAGUUGAAUUGGAACAUCUGGGUCCGGUGACUGAUUGCAAGUAUUCGCCUGACAAUAAACUGCUGGUGGCAUGUGAUGCCAAUCGGAAGGUGAUUUUAUACAGUGUGCCGGAAUACAAGCCGGCCCACAACAAGGAAUGGGGCUUCCAUAACGCUCGUGUCAACUGUGUAUCCUUCUCGCCCAACUCACUGCUGGUGGCCAGCGGUUCGCUGGAUACCACCAUCAUUAUCUGGUACGUCAACAGUCCAGCCAAGCAUACCAUCAUAAAGAAUGCCCACCCACAAUCGCAGAUCACCGGGCUGGUUUGGCUCGAUAAUGAAACGUUGAUCUCAACCGGGCAGGACUGUAACACCAAGGUGUGGCACAUCGAGGCUGCUGCCUAAGGGCGGGAAUGGAAUAGCAACAGGAAAAGCAAUUGAUAUGCAGGAAAAUAAUCGCGAGUUCGUUUCUUUUUUUUUAGUUUUAUUCAUUAAUCGCGAGAGCAUGAGAAGAGGUAUUGUGAUGCAGUACAUUUGCGCAACGCUCAGUCAACUAUGGAGUAUUUCGGAAAAGUCUUGAAAAACAAAUUAAAGCUGCUGUUGAUGUCGUUGAACAUAAGAGAGUAAGUUUCAGUCAGUUAAUUGUAGCGUGAAGCAAUUAAACAUCAGCAAAAAAAGAGAAUGAUGUAAAAUAGAUGUGUCACUUCUUCAUUUGUGAUUUUACAACAGUUUCCUUAAGUCAUUAUAACUUAUUUAAGCAAAUCGCGUGUUUUGUAGCGUUAGUCCCUUGGUUUCUUUAUAGUGUGACUACUUUAAUCGCAACCCGUUAUUGUUCAUUUUAAUUCGUUCCCACGGUUUGUUUGUAUAACAUACUAAUUGCAGCAGUGGCAUUUAGCAGGGUUUCUUUUUGCCCGAACUGACCAGACUUUAUGAUGCAAACGCUUCACGAUUUGCUACACGUCAGGAACCCAUAUUGUAAUGAAACAAUUUAUAAGAAUAACACACACAAAAAACAACGA